CUGCGGUCCGAAGCAGCUGAUCAAAACGUCAGCUUGACAAAUAUGUCAAAGAUCAUAACAAAAACAAGAAUUUUUUUGUUGAAAAAUGUCGUGUCAAAUCCGUUUAUCGGGAAAUAUACAGGAUGUGAGCGAAAUAAGACGGAUUUUAUUCCCUACUGACGAUCAUCGAGGUUCUGACAGCUGGCUCCAGGUUUGCGAGGCCUCUGUGUCCCCCACAGGAGAUCUGAUUGUGAUAGCUCACGAACGGAAGAUUAUAGUGUUGAGUGCAAAAUGGAACCCACAGUUAUCAGCGAACCACUAUGUGAUAACAUACUCUGGUACAAUUCAUGACUAUGAUAAAGUGAAAGCAGUGCUUUGCCUGCCAGUUGUAGGCGAGAAUCAACAUAGUCAAAUAGGUCCAGACUGGACUUGCAUUGUAGUGGGUUAUGACUCUGGAUAUGUUGCAUUCAGAAAAUGACAGCUCGAUAGUACUAAAUGUCAGCAUCUGUUUUAAUAUCAUAUCAGAGUUGGUGUCAAAUGAAAAUUAAAGAUGUCAAAUACGUCGAAAAUGCAGAAGGGUAACUGUCAUUGAGUGUUCAAAGGCGCCUAGACGCCGAUGUAUCAGGCUUUGACGAACUAUUUGUAGGUAGCUGUUGCUACCGCUUCACGCACUCCAUGCUGAGUUCUCUUAAAUUGUUUAAUCUCUGUUGUCUGUCUUCAAGACUAUGUAAACCUAUUCCGUAAUCAAAGAAUUAUUAUGCCAAGAUAGAACACUGUGUUUUGCGAUGUUGAUUCUAUUUCGAAAAUACCUAAAGCAGAAUGUACAUUUUGCUCAAAACGUCUUACGGAAAACGGCACAAAAAUUUCAAAGACUGUAAAAAAUUGCGGAAAAUAUUGAGUGUGUUAUUUUUACGAUUUCAAGUUUUUUCGUGUUCCUUUUUUUCAAGAUAUCUAAAAAACAUUUUUUUUUCUAGUUAUAUCGCUAUUUUGAACCGACAACGUUUUGAGCUCUUCAAUUAGAAUUUACCUCUGCUUAUUUAUGAUUAUUAUUAAAUCAAUCAAAAACUUUUGUAUUGUGUGUUGAGGUUUCACCAUACCUAUUUACUUCCUUAUAAUUUUCAUUCAAACAACAAAUCAUGGCCAACUAAGGAACUACAUCAAUUAAUUUAUGACUGAAAACCCCAUUUAAAUAUUCAAAAUUUCAAUGUAGUGUUCAUAUAAAAAACUAAAUGGAAUUCGAAAGACGAAACCUCGAAUUGAAAAUUUGACUAUGCCAUAUUGUAGAGGAGAAAAAUUGGCAAAAACAACAUGCAUUUUUUUCUCAAAUCCAAUCCCAAAUAAAGUCAGGAAAAAAUAGAUAUGAUUUUGCGAUGAAUCUGGCAUAUUAGACAAAUGACUAUCUGAUAAUUUCAAGGCCUACCUAGGACAUUGUGUUUUUUAAAUAAUUAAGGUUUCACAAUCUCAGUAUAUGAUAUAUCAUACAUUUUUAGAAUUAGAAUACUCCCGUGAUCCUGAAGAAAAAAUGAAGUUUAUUCUGGAGGACAAGAGACAAAACGUCAUAUUGAAAUUUUAAUUAUGCCAUCAUGUAGAGGAGAAAAGGUGGCAAUAUUAAUAAGCAUUUUUUUAGAAAUCCCACUACAAAUAGAGUCAGGAAAAGAUUAAAACGAUUUUGGGAAAAUUCUCGGAAGUAUGCACUUUAAAUUUAAGCGACUUCCUAUCUUUCUUACCGUUUCCGAGAGCCCAAUGGUGAGGCUCGAAUUUGAAACAUCCGGUAUACCGUUUCGUUUCCCACAGCGGCUGGCUCACAGGAACUAUCGCCCAGCCCGAAAAAAAGAUGUCGCUUUCGACGCACCCUGCAGACGCUAUGGGGUGCCGAUUCGGACUCUGUGACCUCCGACGAACAGCUACAGACGUAAUACUCUCACCAGAUAAGAUGUUUGCUGCCGCAUGUGAUACUUUAGGAAGGGUUCUUCUGGUAGACUCGAUAAGAGGGGUAGUUGUUAAGAUAUUCAAAGGAUACAGAGACGCACAAUGUUCUUUCAUCCAAGUACCUGACGAGAAAAAAUCUAAGCAUAGGCACGGUAACAAAGUAGCUCAUUUUCUGUUAAUCUACUCCCCUAAAAAAGGAACUCUGGAAAUAUUUUCAUUGCUACAAGGCUCGAAAAUCUGUACUUUCACAGCAUCAAAAUUCAGCAGAUUAUUUAACAUAAACUAUGGUCUCAUGGGAUUUAACUCGACUACUUCUAAGAGCCGAUAUGUAUGUCAGUGGACCAGUGUUUUAAUAGAUAACGAUGGUCAGAUCAAAGAAAUAAUGGUUCCCUACCAUUUUGCUUUGGCAGAGAAAAAUAAUAAGCGAUCGAGGGAUAUCCAUCUUUACAAGAAACUACGACAUUACAUUAAAUCGGGUGAUUACAAUGAAGAAACUUUACUGAAAGAAUCCUAUGAUAUUUGUACAGAGUUGAAGACGCUUGAAAUCAAGUCUCAAAUAGUUGACAUGCUGAUUAGUAAUAGAAACAUUCCUGCAAACGUUAUACUGAAAUGCGCAAAGUACUUUGUAGAAAAUGCGGCUGAUGAUGAAGGAAUUAACUUUAGAAUCUUGUGUGAUAACAUUAGUCAUUUAUUAGAGUUAUACCUAUUUGUAGCAAACAAACAAAACGGUGAUAACGAUGAAACUGAAAACUCGUCGUUGAAGUUAGACGAGAAAGAUAUGACUAACCUGCAGAAAUUAUUAGAUUUAAGUAUUGAUAGUGAUAGUAAAGAACUACCCGAAGUCCAUGUUAGAUUCAGUGAUAAAAACUUGGCAUUUAGCACGUCAGAAUUCUUAUCAGCAUUCGACUUUACUAAUGUUGAAAUAGUGACGCUUAAAGAUAAGGUAGAUGAUGGCAUUUUAUUUAAAACUUCCGAGGUGCUUCUGAAACCGUACAUCACAGGAGAAUUAUCAAGCUUCGCGCAACUGGAAAACCUGUUCAUCAAAGCAAAAAUUGAUACGAAGAACUUGUUCUGCAUGCUCGUCAAUUAUUGGGUCAAUCGAUCUUUGCAUAUAAAUUUGAAUCUUGAAAAGGAGAUGAACAACUUCCUGCAUUUAUGCUACACGUUACUACGAACUGCAUCUAAAGAGGAUACAGUAUGUAACUAUAAUCAAGUCUCGACAUUUUGGUCAAAGAUACGCGAGACCCUCGCGAACUCUUCAAGACCCUUUCCGGCUUUGAUGGCCGCAAUUUUGUGCAAAACUGCUGCCCACAAGAUCAAUAUCGAAAAACAAAUGGAAGAUUCAUCCAUCAGUGUGGAAGAAGAGAGUAUGGAGGUGUUAUCUCAGGAAAGCGUGCUUUGGUCUCUUUUGAUAGGCAAACUGGAGGAUAUUUCGCUUUUGAACAUCAUCAUGUCAACUAAAGCUUUAGCUAAGGAUGCCGCGUUGCCAAAGUUACAACACGAUAAAAUUGAUGUCAGUUUGAAGUAUAUUCUAGAAAAGGGUAGAGGUGCGGUUAGUGAGAUCGUAGCUCGGUGGUUGAGCUCAAGCGGGAUUGAUCCGCAACUGAUAGUAUUGAACGAGAUGACGGAGAAAGAAGAAGAAAACUUUGAAAGUGAGAAGAUUCUGGAUCAGUUGAAUUUGUUGAAGGAACAGUUUCCUUAUAGUUUAAACUCUAGUGCGCUCUUGGCGAAUUUGGCUUGGGAAUACGCGCUUGAUUGGCAAAAGGAGAUUCAAGACUUUAGCAAAUUGGAGGCUGCGAUGAAAUGUUUGGGAUGUAUUCAGAAUGUGCAGGUCAAGCAAGGCAUGUACCAACUUCUCUGGAACACCCAUCUAAAAAUAGUGAACGAAAGUACCUGCAAGCUGAUCAACAAAGUGGGCAAACUCCCAAAGGAACGCUUAUGUAGACAAGACACCGGCUUGUCCGAUGCUCAAAUCACAAUUUUCCUCGGCAUAACCUCAGAUUUUUUGGACGCGUUCAUGGACGUAACCCAGACCGCUUGCAGCCCCCACCCCUUACAAUUCGAGAACAUUUGGGAAAACGGCGGACAGCCAUUGGUCGAGUUGGCCGCGCAGCAAAAACAGGCCAACUACGACUUGUUGCACUUGCACUAUCAGUUGAGCAUGGUGUUACAGAUGAUCACCACGUUCGGCGUCAAGCAUAGCAAACCGGUCAAUAAUCUGUUUGAAGCAUCGGUAGUUAAUGUUUUGUUCACGGAUUUCGCUAGGAACGUUGAGGUCAGUUGGAACAAGUCAGACAUAAAAAUCAAUGCUUCCAGAACACAGUUUUUAUUCAAAGUUAUUUCGGCCAGUAUAGAAAGUAUAACAAUUAACGAAUCAGGAAAAAUUUACUCUACACAGCACGUUACGUGGAUGGCAAAAUGUUUAUCUUUGGCAAGGUUUUGGAAUUUGGACGUAGACUUGUUCAAGAGGUAUCAAAUCACGAAACUAUAUACAAACGGAUUUGACAGUUUAUCAGAAGAAUUGAUUCCGUCCAUAAACGAUCGCAAUGAGUUGGGGAAGAAUCUAUUAAUGGUAGGUGCCAAAAGAAUGUCACAGUAUCUAACAAAAUCACCGGAUUUCAGCAACAAUAUAGCUGCAUUGAGUCCUGCUUUGACGAACUAUAUGGAUACAUUGGAUGACGAAUGGUGUGCACCCUGCCCCGUGGAAAAAAUCGCAGCUUUAGCAACCUACAUCAUUCAAUGUAUAAACGAAGACCAAAUCGAGCAUCGAUUGGCCCAGUUGUUAUUAGAAGCGUCUGUGACAAUAGGAGAACUCAAAUCGUAAUCCUUAACGUGUAUAUUGUUGAGUCGGUUUUUAGUGUACGUACGUUUUUAAUUGUUGAAGUUUUAUAUUUAUACCAAUAUCAAUAAACAAGUUACUGAAAUGGCGGUAUAUCGUUAAA